AUGCGGGCGGGUGUGUCUGUCGUGGAGGACCUUGAGAAGGCUCGCGAGCCGCUGCCGCUGCCAGCGGUGUACUUCAUAACGCCGUCACCCGCCAGCGUCACCCGUCUGGUGGCGGACUUUGCGAAGGCCCCGCUGUACCCCUCGGUGCACGUCUUCUUCAGCAGCAGGGUAACGGCUGACGCCGUUGACCGCAUCAAGAAGUGCCCCGUCCUGCUGCCCCUCCUGAAGACGCUCAAGGAGACCAACCUCGAGUUCUCCCUGGUGGACUCGCGCACCGCCAUCACAGACCACCCCAAAGCCCUAGUCAGGCUGAUGGGUGAGCGCUGCGAGUCGGCGCGCGGCGAGGCGGAGCGGGAGCUCGACGCCAUCGCGGGGCGCCUGGCGGGGCUGUUUGCGACGCUCAACGAGUUCCCCUCCAUCAGGUACAAGGCCGGCCGCCCCGCGGAGGCUGGCGACCCGCCCGGCGCAAACGCGCGCGCCGCGCUGACGCAGCGCCUGUCCCACAAGCUGUACGAGAGGGCCGUGGCGCUGCAGCGGGCGGGGGCGCUGCCGCCCAGGGAGACGUGUGACCUGAUUGUGGUGGACCGCUCCAUAGACCCGGUGGCCCCAGUGAUGCACGAGUGGACGUAUGAGGCCAUGGUGUACGACCUGCUGCCAGUGGAGGGCAACGUCAUACGGUAUGUCGCUGAGUCAGCAGGGGGCAAGCAGGAAGUGAAGGACCACCUGCUGGACGAGAGCGACGAGACCUGGGGGGAGCUGCGUCACGCGCACAUCGCUGACGUGUUCAGCACCCUGGCGGGGCGGUUCAAGGAGUUCCAGGCCAAGAACAAGGCCGCAAAGUACCAGAUACAGGGCAAGGGAAUCUGA